CGAAUCGUGUCUCUUCUGGAUUGCACAUGGACUUUCUUCUCGCCGAAUUAAUUUUUAUUUCGCUCGGUUUGUUUAUUCGUUUUCCGCGUGACCAAUAACAGAAUACGUGUUGUGGGUCGUGGUUGAUGUUGGGACGUGCUGACUGUUCUGAGUGAAUGUGGGUUUAUUUCCUCCGUGUGUUUCAGGGAAUGGCUACACAUGGACAAAGCCGCUCCGCUGGUGGUUCCGCCCCGCAUGGAGAGGAGCGUCGAGGGACGACGUCGUCGCCGGCAAGGGAAACGAGUCGGGGAGGUGGCGGUGGGGAGGAAGAACGACGGGCUCAAAACUUGUGGUGCGACUACAGCAAACGUGUCUGGUAUUUGGACUGGGCGAGCCAGGACGGCUCCGACCCGUUACAACCACCGUGCGGGCCGCUCUUGUUCGUCGCCGUUCGCGCCGACAGAAUGCGUCUUGCAGGGUCCAUCGUCCAGUGGGUCGACGAUGGCGAAUACAAUUUCAAGUUUACGUUGAAGAAGCAUUACAGAAGUGAUGGUUCCGUCGACGACAUUGCAAAGAGAUGCAAGGUUGACGGGAGGAUGUUCGACGGGUACGGCCGGCGUGCAAUGUCUCAGUCGUCCUUUGUCCCGCUAGCGCCGGGGCACGACGAGGCCGUUCACGUGACAGACUUCCUCGAGGUCUGGGCGAUAUCUGGUACCUCUGUCAGUGCCGUGGACGUCGGACCUGGGACAUCGAUCAGUGGUCCUGUUGGGUUCGCGGGAGGAGAGUGCUCUGAAAGGGGGAUGGGAGAUCAGGGUGGCCUGCCAGCUACGCCUCCUGAUCAAGAGGUGGGCAUGUCAGACGACUCGAAGGACGACCAUCCGCGUGCUCCGUUGAAACCUGGCUUGCAUGGAUCUUGCCGCCAAGGUUUGCUUGGGGAGUCGACGCCACGUGGGGGCGACGAUGGCGAACGAAUGCGACAGGGCUCAGAAUCGACGACUUCUCGUGGUCUGGUCGAAAGGAUCGGUUCGUUCGUUCGAGGCAUGCAGGUGGCCGAGGUUUGGCCUGGAGAUCGCUCGGGUGGUCCGCAGGUUCGAGAGGUGCGUGGAUCAGAUGAGACGACUCGCCGCGCCCGACCUGCGCCUGCGCAACUGCAGAUGGAGUUGAGCCAGGAACGAGAAGCAAGUGGGAACGUCGCCGGUGAGGAGGAGGUGUCCGAGCAGGGGAUGUUCCGUGAGACAUCGGCAGAAAAGACUCUGUCGGGAGGCAAGCGCAGCUCGCCGGAUGAGGAAAAGCGAGAGGGAGUAGGUGCUCUAAAAAGGCAGAGAAAGGUAGGAGGGAGUGCUCGAACGCCAACAACACGAGAGGGCGGUUUCGUUGAGAAGAGGAAAAGGGUUGGAGGUGGGGAUGAAACGCCAAAAGACUCGUCGACACGACGAAGAACCGGUGAGUCUUCCGGGAAACGGUCGAAAUCAUCGAGGGGGAAGAAAGUAGAUGAGGGCGACAGCGGGGAGGGGGAUGACGACGUGGACAUUAACCUCAACGCCUUUAACCUCGACAAUGCGUUCUUCCUCGAGAUGCAGAUAGGGGUGCAGAGGGACGUCGUGUUGCACAUCCAUCCCGAAAGAAUAUUAGCUAUUCCAGACUGGGAAGACGCGGACAACCACCGAUCCUUGGACGAGUUCCUCGUUGAUACCAUCGUGUCGGCUAUGAUCGACUGCUACGAACGUAAAGACAUGAGAUACACGAAGCCCAUUUUCGUUCUCGCUCCGAUCGUCGCACCUCCAAAGAACGGCGAGCCUGCUAUGAGCAUGCUGCCUGCUGACUUCGACAGCUCACAGUCGGAGAAAUACUGGUAUUAUCCUGCGUGUGGACAACAUAAUGCGAGGGCGCCGAUGAAGGUGAAGGACCAUCCUGUGUUUGAGUACUACAACUUCUGUAAAUGGCCAUUCAGAGCGAUCUACUUCCCUAACGACGAGUUCGACGGCUACGCCUAUGUCAGCUGCGAAGACAGCAUGAAAGACAAGAAGAAUCCACCGCGCUUGCAGGUUUUGUCUAUGCGGGGCAUUCGCAAUAUCUGAAAAAUUAAGGGCAAACCGCGUGUGGUGCUCGGCAAUGCCUCG